GUUGUAGCUCAGUAUUGACGCCUGUAGCUUUAAGAAAGUUCAAAGGUCAUCGCUGCAUACACGUGGUUUAAUCAACAUGGCGGCGCCCUAAACAUUUUAGAGAGGAGUGUUGUAGAAAGUAAAAGUAAGAAGAAACAUGGCAGAUGUAAGUGACAGCCCAGUGCUGGAUCCUUCCCCCUCAAAGGAGAAGACUGAUGACCUGCCUCAGGACUCCAACAACGAUGAUGUACAGUCUGACAUGAAAGAGGGGGAGGUUAGUGAAGACCCCAGCAUGUACCGCUACAUUAAAACUGACCUCUUCACAUCUGAGAUCUACAAGGUGGAAAUCAGGAAUCUCCCAAAGUUCAUCGGCUUCAACGAUCUGAAGAAGUUCCUGGCCAAACACGGCCUCAACCCUCACAAAAUCAAGCUGUUCGGCAAGCAGACGUUCGCUUUUGUCACGUUCAAGAAUGAGGAAGAGCGAGACAAGGCGAUGAAGAUGGUUCACGGCAUGCAGUGGAAGGGUCAGGUUCUGAGUGUCAAGCUUGCAAAACCUAAAGCAGACCCCAUCCUGAGGAAGAGGAGGCAGGAGGAGGGAGAGGGCACAGGAGGGCAGCCUCCAUCCAAACGUACAGAGAGGGAUGAGCAGGAGGAGCCGCUCAGUGUUCAGAUAGCCAACGUGGUGACUCCUUUGUGGAACGUGCCUUAUGAGGAGCAGCUGAAGAGGAAGGAGCAGGAGGUGGUGGGGGUUCUGCAGAGGCUGGCCAAAGAGAUUGGCAACACCAACAAAGCCCUGCUGCCCUGGCUGUUUGCUCAAAAAGGGAAAUACAACAAAAUGUGUUGUCCCCUGGAAGCUAUCCGACCCUCUCCUACACAGACGGAGUACAGAAACAAGUGUGAGUUCCUCAUUUCGAUGGGUGCAGAUGGCGAGGAUAAGACCAUCGGUUUCCGCCUGGGGAAAUACAAAGGCGGCUCCUGUGCGGUGGUGGGACCAGCAGAGACAAGUCAUGUCUCAGCUGAGGCAAAGAGAGUGGUCAGCGAGUUUCAGAAGUUCAUCAGGACAACUCAGUACUCUGUGUACAGCCCUGAAACAUAUGAAGGACACUGGAAGCAGCUAACUGUGCGGACUACAAGGACCAAACAAGCCAUGGCUAUGGCUUUCUUUAACCCACAGAAACUGGAAGAAGAGGAAAUCAAUGCAUUAAAAACCUCCAUGAGGAAGUACUUCACAGAAGGAGAGGGGAAAGACUGUGGAUUAACCUCUCUUUACUUUGUCAGAGAGGGUCAAAGGACUUCUCCAAACCUGGAGGACUUGCCCUGUGAGCUGGUGUCUGGAGAGGGCAGCAUCAAUGAGGAGCUCCUGGGUCUAAAGUUCAGAAUAUCUCCUCAUUCUUUUUUCCAGGUGAACACAGGAGCAGCAGAGGUGCUGUACUCAGCGGUGGGGGAGUGGGCCCAGCUGGACCAGGAAAGCACCGUACUGGAUGUGUGCUGUGGAACCGGAACCAUCGGCAUCUCUCUGGCUAAGAGGGUGAAGAAGGUGAUUGGGAUCGAGCUCUGUCAAGAGGCAGUAGAAGAUGCCAAAGUUAAUGCAAAGCUCAAUGGUCUGAGUAACGUGGAGUUCCACUGUGGAAAAGCAGAGGAUGUGUUUCCAAACAUCCUGAAUGCUCUGGUGUCACCAAACCUCACAGCCAUUGUGGAUCCACCGAGGGCAGGCCUACAUUCCAAGGUGGUGCUGGCCAUCAGGAGAGCAGAGCACCUGAAGAGGCUGGUUUAUGUGGCAUGUAAUGCUAAAGCAGCUAUGAACAACUUCAUCGAUUUGUGCAGAGCUCCAUCAAACAGGGUUCACGGUGCCCCAUUCCGUCCAGUGCGAGCCAUGGCUGUGGAUCUGUUUCCUCAGACGAUGCAUGUAGAGAUGCUUCUGCUGCUGGAGAGAGUGGACUACGAUUCCCCUCAACAGCAGACCAGCAGCACUCAGGAAGAAACGGCGUCAUAGCCCUAAGAACAGGCUUUCCAUAUUAGUAUGCAUACAAUGUGUACUCUGAUCAGCCUUUACAUUAACAUUAGUUGAUACAUUAUUUCCUGUCAUUUCUUUAAGUAUCUGCCAGCUUCAAUAGUCUCAAUUCUUAUGGACCAGGUCUUAAAAAUUAAAUUUUACCACUCUCAGGUGUCUUAUCCAUUUAAGUUCUCUUAUUGCAUAAUAAAAUGAAUAUGCUUUAUAGACUCUUUUCCUGCUCUCUUUUUAAGUUUGAGAAACAUAUCAAGGUCUCAUAAGACCACAAAGCAGCCUAGAUUAAUCAUUCAGUGUUAGGACUCCUGAGUUUCCACACACCCUGCACAGCUGUUAAAAGCAAAUAAACGCUCCACCAAAUUGAGA